AUGGGUCGUCCCACUUUCACUUCCGACGAUACUGUGAUCAAGUCUCCGAAUGACAAACGGCUCUACAGGUUGAUUAAGCUUGAGAAUGGCCUCACUGCAUUGCUCAUUCAUGAUCCUGAUGUAUACCCACAAGGGAUUAAGAGCCUUGAGCCCAGUGAAGGUGAAGAAGCAGCCAGAGGUGGAGAUGGGGAGGUCAGAAACAAGGGAAAGGGAGGUGCUUUACAGACUAAGAAGGCAGCAGCAGCAAUGUGCGUUGGAAUAGGCAGCUGGUCUGACCCUAUGGAGGCACAGGGGCUUGCACACUUCCUAGAACAUAUGCUCUUCAUGGGGAGUACAAAGUUCCCAAUUGAAAAUGAGUAUGAUAGUUACUUGUCAAAGCAUGGAGGGUCCUCGAAUGCAUAUACCUGUGCAGAGCAUACUUGCUACUUUUUUGAAGUGAGUCCGGAGUUUCUCAAGGGUGCCUUGACAAGAUUUUCUCAGUUCUUUGUUUCACCACUGAUAAAAAUCGAACCCAUGGAGAGAGAAAUACAGGCUAUAGAUUCAGAGUUUAACAGGGUUCUGCAAAAUGACUUUUGCCGCCUUCGACAACUUCAAUGCUAUACAUCCUCACCAGGUCACCCUUUUAAUAGAUUUUCUCAGGGAAAUAAGAAGAGCUUGGAUGAUGCAAUGAAAAAGGGGAUCAACUUGCAGGAACAAAUACUGAAAUUGUACAGAAACUAUUACCAUGGUGGAUUAAUGAAGCUAGUUGUCAUUGGUGGAGAGUCACUCGAUCUACUGGAGAAGUGGAUUUUGGAAUUGUUUGGAGAUGUCAAAACAGGUACCCAAGUCAAUCUGGAGUUCAAGGCAGAAGGUCCCAUUUGGAAAUCUGGAAAAGUUUACAGGCUAGAGGCUGUUCAAGAUGUUCAUAUACUGCAAUUGUCAUGGACACUUCCAUGCCUUCGUCAACACUAUCUUAAAGGCCCAGAGUUUUAUUUACAUCAUCUCCUUGAGCAUGAGGGCAAAGGAAGUUUACAUUUCUACCUCAAAGCGAGAGGGUGGGUAACAUAUCUAGGUGCUUCGGUGAGCCGCUAUCCUGUGGCCGAUGUCUUUUGCAUGAUCAUAUACCUGACUGACUCUGGACUGGAGAAGAUUUUUGAAAUAAUUGGGUUGGUGUAUCAAUACAUUAAGUUGCUACGUCAGGAGACACCAGAAUGGAUAUUUCGGGAACUGCAGGAUAUAGGGAACAUGUGCUUUAAAUUUGCAGAGGAGGAGCCUUUCCAGGAUGAUUAUGCUUCAAACCUUGCAGAAAAUUUACAACGUUAUGCAGCAGAGCAUGUUAUUUAUGGGGACUAUAUGUUUGACAUAUGGGAUGAGGUAUUGAUACAAAAAGUUCUUGGUUUCCUCUCUCCAGAAAACAUGAGGAUUGAUGUGGUAUCAAAGUCCUCAUCUAAGACGGAAGAGUUUCAGUGCGAGCCUUGGUACGGGUCACAUUAUACCGAGGAGGAUUUAUCACCUUCUUUGAUGGAGUUGUGGAAGGAUCCUCCAGAAAUUGAUGUAUCGUUGCAUCUGCGGGCAAAAAAUGAGUUCAUUCCUAGUGACUUUUCCAUCCGUUCUGAUGGGAUUUGUCUUGAUAUUUCAAAUAUAUCUUCUCCAACAUGUAUACUUGACGAACCAUUGAUGAAGAUCUGGUACAAGCUUGAUAGUACUUUUAAACUUCCACGGGCAAAUGCAUAUUUCUUCAUCAGAAUGAAAUGUGGAUAUGAUAAUGUAAAGAGUAGUGUUUUGACGGACAUAUACAUCGACCUUCUUGAGGAUGAGCUCAGUGAGAUCAUCUAUCAGGCUCAUGUUGCCUGCUUGGGGACUUCUAUUUCUGUGUUUACCGACAAACUCCAGCUGCAGGUGUACGGUUUCAAUGAUAAGCUUCCAGCUCUAUUGUCAAAAAUUUUGGAAACUGUAAAGAGCUUCUUGCCAACUGAUGAUCGGUUUAAGGUUAUUAAAGAAGACAUGGUACGAGUGUAUAGGAAUGCCAAUAUGAAUCCCUGGUGUCAGUCAACAUACUUGAGAGAGCAAGUUUUGUUGCAGAGUUUCUACAACGUAGACGAGCUGUUCCAUGUUUUGAAUGGGUUGUCUGUUUCUGAUUUGAAGUCAUUUAUUCCUGAGCUCUUUUCCCAGAUCUACAUUGAGGGCCUUUUCCAUGGUAAUUUGUCACAAGAAGAAGCAAUUAGCCUUUCAAAUUUAUUCAAGACAAACUUUUCCGUACAAUCACUUCCGGUCGAAUUGAUGUUUAGAAAUCAUUGUAUUUGUCUUCCUCCUAAUGCUAAUCUCAUUAGAGAUGCUACUGUGAAGAACAAGUCAGAAACAAACUCUGUGGCAGAGCUGUAUUUUCAAAUUGAAUGGGCAGUUGGGAGUGAGUCCAUGAAAUGGAAAGUUUUGAUAGAUCUUUUGGAUGCAAUUAUAAAGGAACCACUUUUUAAUCAGCUAAGGACGAAGGAGCAGCUCGGGUAUGGAGUUGAGUGUGGCCGGGAUUUAAAAUGGGGUGUUUUUGGCAUUCUUUUCUCUGUUCAGUCAUCGGAGUACAACCCGAUCCACCUACAAGGAAGACUUGACAACUUUAUAAAUGGUCUGGAAGUGUUAUUGGAGGGACUAGAUGAUGAUUCCUUUGAGAAUUAUAAAGCUGGACUAAUGAAAAAUCUUUUGAAGAAAGAUACAUCUCUUACUCGGGAAACCAAUCGAUUUUGGAAUGAGAUUUACAUCAAAAGGUAUAUGUUUAACUACUCAAAAAAGGCAGCAGAAGAACUCAGAAGCAUUAAGAAGGAGGAUGUUAUUAUCUUUUACAAGACCUAUUUGCAACAAUCAUCUCCCAAGUGUAGAAGACUUGCAACUCGUGUGUGGGGUUGCAACACCAACUUCAAAAAGGCAGAUGCAGCACGACCGGAGUCUGUGCAAGUCAUUGAAGACGUUGCUGCCUUGAAGAUGUCAUCUAAGUUCUAUGGUCCUGACAUAAAUACUCUGAAUACUUGAGACAAAUUGAACUUAUUCUAGAUAUUUGAUCUAAAAGGCCCUGCAACAUAUUGGGAAGUAGCUAUGAGCUAGUGAUUGCGGCCUCUGCUAGGCCAUAACUCUUUGGACCUUAUCCUAGUUCAGUAAUCUGACUGCAACCCCAUUAUUAGCAUAGUUUGC